GGGACGUGGUCAGACGAAAGUAUCGCGAGCUUCAGGGCGAGGUAUCCGACAAAUCAGGGAUGGACAGCAAGGACGAUUCCGAGUCGGACUCGCAGCUGAUGCCGGUUGACGAUGCGUCGCCGAGCCUCGUCGGGAGCCAAGCGACCCUCAUCGCCUCGACGUCUUAAGCACACAGGAGAUGAAGAGAUGUAGCCAAAUUUCGUUUACUCGAUGUUGUAUUGUAAGAUAUGAUCAUGAGGGGAUUGGAUUGAGCCGCUCGCGACACGUAAACGUCAACUUUGUUACCAUUACGGAGAACCUGUUUUUCGCUAUUUUCGGACAAAAGGACACCGACGACUUCACGAUUGCCCUACGGGAGAACACGCAGCCGGGCUGGACUUUAUUUUUGUUCAAGAUAACCUUUUCAGUUUACAUGCUGGUAACCGUGAUCGUACUGAUAAAUCUUCUGAUUGCUAUGAUGAGCGAUACCUACCAGACCAUCCAAGCGCAGAGCGACAUUGAGUGGAAGUACGGAUUGAGCAAACUCAUCAGGAACAUGCAAAAAACAACCAUGGCACCAGUUCCCCUGAACCUGAUCACGUCGUGGGCCCUUCACUUGCACAAGACCUGCAAAACCAGGCAGGAAACGAAGAAGCGAAUGAGCGUCAUGAAUGGGUUCAUAGGUCGGAGGCUUCCAAAAAGUCCUUUCGCACAAAACAAUAAACUGCAGCCCAUGAGUUCGGCAAGGGACGGCCUGGGAAUUUCGCUACUGCAACCAAGUCCAUUGGGCAGCCAGCUGUCGUUCCGUAACGCGCCCAACAUCAACACCAUCGUCGACUGGGACGUGGUGCGGCACAAGUACCGUGUCCGUUUUGGCGGAGAGGUCGAGAAACCGGCGAGCAGUUCUCCUCUCAUCCUUGGCUCGGAGAUUUCCACGUAAAAAUCGAUUAGUUUCAUCCCUUCGGCAGCGCGAUUUUUCUACGUAAAACUUUUGUAUAAAAACAAAAGAAAAUUCUACCGUACACUCGCACAGACACGCACAGACACGAUUGUAGAGUUUCUAUUAACGACGCGGCCUUUUCGAUGCGGUUAGAUAUCACGAGGAAGCGUAUUAUAUAAAUACAUAAUAACUUACGUCAAGUUAAGUUUUUAAUUUUCUAUUACGUGUAAAUGGUAUAGACAGAGAUAACGAUGUGUAACGACGCGUGUACAUAAUGAAACGUACCAAAAGCUAAUUAUAUACAUACAAGUAAGAGACGUUAAUUAUUAAAUAAAGAUUUAAAUAAUAA